AUGGGUGAUGAGUAUUCGGAUAAUGAGUACCUGGAUAAUAUGUAUUUAGAUGAUGAGUAUGAUGAUGAGUAUUUGGAGAAUGAGUAUUUGGAGGAUGAGUAUUUGAAGGAAAUGAUAUUAGAGUGUGAAGAUACUAAUAUGGAGAGAUUAGAAUCCAAUAAUAUGGAUGGUUUAAACAGUAACGAAGCUUCACCGCAACCUUCUAUAUCAGUACAUAUUAAUAAGCAUCAUCUGGUUAAAAAGCGAAAAAACAAAUUGAAAAACCAGUACCAGAAGGACGGUUCUACUUCAAACUUAUGGCGACAUAUAAGGAGUAAACAUCAUAUCUCAAGGGCUAUGAUAGAAAAUGGCAGAGUAAAAAUCAUGUCAAAUGAUAAUGAUAAAUGUAAAUUUUCUAUAAUGGCAGAGUCUUUACAACUAACAAUAAAACAAGUAUUCGAUAAUAUAAAAAAAUAUGCAUUUAAUCAUCCCAAACAGAAAAAACUUGAUAACAAUAUAGCUGCAUUUAUUAUUGAGAAUCUUCAACCAUUUUCAGUACUUCGAUCACAAGUAUUUAAAAGAAUAAUAGAAGGACUUGAUAUUCGUAAGUAUAUAAUUAACAAUACUGAAAUUAGUAGUAUUUUAUUUACUACUGAUAUGUGGACGUCAGACAAUGGUGAUCUAUAUAUUGGGCUUAUGCUCCACUGGAAUAAUAGUAAUUUUCAAAUAAAAGAGAUUAUUGGUAAUAUUUCAUAUCUUCCAUAUCCUCACACAGCCGAAUGUCUUUCUAACAAAAUAGUCGAAAUUUUAGAUAAUCUUCAACUUAAAAAUGUAACUUGUCCUGAGAUUACAAAUUUAAUAAAAAAAUGUAAAGAUAUAGUAUCAAAAUUUAGUGUAAGUCCAAAGCAAAAACAAUUUCUUUUAGAAGCGCAAAUGGAGAUGGAAGACUGGAAUAAACUUCUUACUGUAGUUUGUGAUGUAUCAACAAGGUGGAAUUUGACAUUUUAUUUAUUAAAACGAUUAACUGUUCUUAAACCUGCAUUGUAUAAGUAUAAGUUACUUUUAGUCGAAACUGAUAACAAUAACUUAUUAAAAAAUUAUGAAGAAAAGGAACUAUCGUUAGAUGAUUGGGAUAAAGUAACUGGAUUAGUCAAAUUAUUGUAUCCUUAUGAAGUUAUUUCUAAAAAAUUAUCUGGAGACCAAUUAGAUAUGACAGCAUCUUAUGACAAAAUAGAUAAUGAAGACAUUUUUGCUCCAUCAGCCACUGACUUUCAAGAAUAUUCUGAUCAACAAUACAGUACAAGCCGUGAGUUCAAUUCAUAUCUUUUGCUACCAAAGGCUUCAAGUGAAACAGAUAUACUUCAGUAG